AGCACAGCAACUUGACCUUGACACAAGUCGCAACAUGGCAGACACAACAUGCACACUUGCUGGAAGCACAGGCUUAGUUGGCGGCAACAUCUACUCGAUCCUGUCGUCGCAUCCUGCAGUGUCGACUGUGUACGCAUAUGCUCGUAGAGAACUCCCAACCACCUCUCCCAAAACCCACCCACUCGUCUCGUCCGACUCCUCCACAUGGGCCGCGCUCUACCCAAAGGCUUCGUCGCUCUUCUUCUCCGCUCUCGGAACGACUCGUGGGGCUGCUGGAAGUGUGCAAGCACAACGCAAGAUUGACUAUGACUUGAACCUCGAGCUGGCAAAAGCUGCAAAAGAUAAGGGAGCUACCACCUACGUCUUGGUUUCUACAAGUGGUGCCAAUGCUAGCAGCUUCCUCGCAUACCCAAAGAUGAAGGGCGAGCUGGAAGAAGCUGUCAAGGAGCUAGGCUUUGAUCACACUGUCAUCCUUCGUCCUGGCUUGAUCGUCGGUGAAAGAGAGGACUCGAGACCUCCGGAGUUUGCUAUUCGUAAAGUCGCUGCUUGGGCUGGCAAGAUCAGUGAACCGUGGCUCAAGAACUUCUGGGCCCAGGACGCCGAUGUCAUCGCCAAGGCUGCUGUAUCUGCGGGCUUGCAAUGCGUAGAAGGCAAAGUGCAGCAAAAAGUCUGGAUGCUUACGCAAAACGACAUUAUCCGCCUCGGGAAGACAGAGUGGACUGGCGUCUAA